AUGGUCUUCCUGUUAACCCUUCUCGUUGCAUCUCAGCUUAUCAGCGUUGUGCUCGCCGGAACUUCGUCGAGUAUCGAAUGGGGUCCUUGCGAUCCUUCCGUGAUCACCAACCCUGCGUUAACGUGCAGCUUCUUCGACAUACCGUUAGACUACCACGACCCCUCCGUCGGCCACGGCAGACUUGCACUCGCCAAACUCAAUGCGACCGGUGACCGCCUCGGCACCGUAUUUCUCAACCCGGGUGGUCCUGGGGGCUCAGGUCUGGAUACUCUCAACACACUGGCCGAUCUCCUCAGCAGCCUAUCGGGCGGGCUCUACGACAUCGUCAGCUGGGAUCCGCGCGGGGUCGGAUCGCUCACCACCCCCGGGGAGAUCUUCUGCUUCGACAGCCCCGACGAAUACAACACGUUCUGGAACGGCACCAUCGAGCUCACCGGGAUCGAGAUGACGGGCAACUUUAGCGACCCGGAGGACGUGCAGGCGUUGCUCGCUCAGGCGCCGGUUAUGCAGGCAAAGUACGAUGAGCUUGCGCGACGGUGCUUGCGGCAUCCGAGCGGGAAGUUUCUGCGGUAUGUCGGAACGGCCGCGACUGCACGCGACAUUGUCGCCCUCGCAGACGCGCUCGACGGGCCUGGCCGUCCGGUGAACUUCGUGGGAACCUCGUACGGUUCGCUCUUGGGCAUGUGGCUCAUCAAUAUGUUCCCUGAGCGCGUGGGCCGAGUCAUCAUCGACGGCAUAGUCAACCCAACGCUGCUCGCUACCGAAGAAACAGCGACGAUGUGGGCGUUCCACGAGCUGGCGGACGCCGACAAGGCCUACGAGGUCUUCCUCACCGGCUGCGCCCUCGCCGGUCCGCAGGGCUGUCCGAUCGCCUCCGCCGAGGGACAGACCGCAGCAGAUAUCGACGCGACGAUCCAGGCGCUCCUCAAACAGGCGCACGACGCCGCGCGCAGGAACGCCUCUGUUCCUGUGACGUCGGAAAUUACACGCGGUAGGUACCUUCUGCUGUCGGUGAUAGAGUCCCCUGGUCAGGCAGCGAUCUUCGCGAAUACGACGUGGCCCAUGCUCGUCGCAGGCGUGCAGUCUGAGUCUGGCUCUGAACCUUUCACUUCUCGGCGUAGUAUGGGCGGAGACCAACAAAACCAGACACGCUCGUACUCAGACGAGGCAAUUCUCUGUGGCGACAGCAUCGAUCUGCGCGGAACGCGCAUGUCCGAGGUGUUCGAAACUGUUAUCGCCGCCUCGCGCAAUACUUCAGAAAUGUUCAGCGUGGUGUGGCCCGCGGAGUUCUACGCGUGCCCGUUCUGGCCUGUGCGCGCUGUGGAGAGGUACCAGGGUCCUUUCAACAAGACGCUCGCGAACAAGGUGAUGGUCGUUAGCAACACGUUCGAUCCCGUCACCCCGCCUUCAGAGGCUGAGGCGGUGGUGGCGCUUCUCGGAGACAACGCUAGGCUUGUCCAGCAAGACGCGUUCGGGCAUACGUCGGCCUCCGAGCCGUCUCAAUGCCUCGACGCGGUCAUGUUUGCAUACUUCGUGAAUGGCACGCUCCCGGAAGACAACAGGACUUUAUGCGAGGUCGACAUGGACUUCGAGAUCUUCCCCGGAGUGGACACAGAGGCUAUUCUGGCGGCAAUGACUUCAAGCCACGACAUGCCCUAG